AUGACUACCGGCACAGGAGCCUUUGGUCUAAACUUGACGUCAGCCAACCGCAUCUUUAUCGCAGAAUUACAAUGGAAUCCGAGUGUAGAGAGCCAGGCUAUCUCUCGUGCGAUUCGUCUUGGACAGAAGAAGGAAGUUCGUGUUACUAGAUAUAUAACCAAGGAUACUGUUGAAGAGGAUAUCAAACAGCAACAAGAGUACAAGAAGCAAAUACCAGCACUUGGGUUCGAGGAGGAGAUUGAUUGA